AUGUCAGAAAAGAUAACAAUUCGAACGGCUGUUUUGGAUGAUGUUCUUACAAUGUUCAAGUUGAUAGAUGAAAUUCUCGAUAGUCCAUCGACUGAUGAUGAAUUACAAGAGCGAUAUGAACGAUAUGCGCCAAGAUUUGGGAAAGAUUCGACGUUUAUUUAUUAUGUAGCGGAAAAUGAACAGAAGAAAAUGAUUGGAUUAUGUUCAGGCGGUGAAACUCUUCAAUGCAAUCGAACAGUCAAUGAUAAAGUCUACGAUUGUGAAAUUGCGCAUAUGUUCGUCCAUCAGGAAUAUCAACAUCGUGGUAUCGGUCGUGAACUGUGGCGAACUAUCUGGAAUGCGAUUGUUGAAAGAUUCCAUCCAAACAAUCUGAUCGUCUGGGGAGCGAAUCGAGAACAAGCUCAUCGAUUUUAUCGUUCGGCUGGAGGUACACUGGCAGGAACAAAGAACUUGGAUAGUGGAAUUUUAACGGCUUAUGUAUGGAAUGAUCUUCAGUUGCUGGACUAA